AUGAACAUAUAACNAUAGAAACAAAGUUAUCAAAGAGUCAAAGUUUAAAAUAGAUUAAAAUUUAAAGGUUUACGUUGGAAGUUUGGCUAUUUAGUGUUAUAUAUUUUAAUUCUUUUGAAGUCUGGAAUUUCAUUUUAUUUAAAUAGAGAAUAUUUAUAAGGAUAUAAAGAGGUAGCUAGCUUUUAUAAGGCAUUAUCAGAUUUAAGUAUAGAUAUCUCUUCAAUGUAUUCAGCAAGGGAGGUAUUGUAUUUCAGAACUUCAUUUCCAUAUUUGAAUAAUGAUACUAUUUCAUAAUUGUUAUAGGUAAUUGAUUAGGGAUUGAAUAGAACUAAGCAAUUUUUAGAGAAAUAAUUCAUUUAUGACAAGUAUAUAAUUUAUAUAUUUCAAGAGUUAUAUUGUCAGAUGAAUUUUAGGAGUACUAUGAUUCAUUAGCUACAGGAGAUUUGUGUAGUUUGUUAUCAGAUGAAUUAUAAUAAUAAACUAGUUCAUUUUGUCAAUUAUUAUUCAAUGGUAAUAUGAAGAAUGGUUUAUUAUCUACUUUGACUAUUAUAACUAAUAGUUUAAAAUCUGAAUUGAAUUAUAAUUAAUUUUAGAAAAGAACUUCUGUUUAAAUUUAUGAUUUAGAAGGUCCAUAUAUAAUUUCUGGUAUUGUAAGCAAUUUGUAUUCAAAUAUGAGGCAUGAUAUGCAUAUAUAAACAUAAUAGCUAAUGAAAUUAAUGAAUGUAAAAUAUUAUAAUAAAAAUAUAAAUAGAUAGCAGGUAUUAGUUUGCUAUCUCUUUUGGGAGUGUUGAUAUUAUUUUCGAAAGUUAUCAUUUUUAAUAGAUUGGCUAGGAUGUUUGAAAUUAGUAAAAAGUUUAUUUCAUUUAUUCCUAUAAAGAUGUUAUUAUUGGAUGAAGGAAUGGAAAGAUAUAUUAAAAAUUUAAUGUAUAAAAAUAACUUAUCCUGA